UUCCCAAUAAAACCUUGAUUUCUCAUUUGAGAUUAGUUUUUCCCCCCCUUUUAUUCUUAAUUUGUUUUUCUUGUUUUCAAACUUGUUUUGCGCUUUUGGCAUCGGAACUAAGAGUCGAAGAAUUCAGGGCAACUUGCAACGAACCAAAUGCUUCAAAAAGGAUUCUUAAUCAAAAUCGGUGCCUCAGAUAUGGUUUAAGCCACAAAUAAAUCUGGGAUAAAGGAAUUUCUUAACGGUGCCUCUUCCGGGGACCGGAAUUUCGGCAGCCAGACGUAAUCAGGUUUAUUUAAAGGGAAGAAGUAGCAAACAUUUGGAAAUGUAUGCGGACACAUUUGAUCAGAGCAAAAAUGAUAAGCAUGCAAAAACAUCUCCAGAAUCUCCUUCUUCUGGGAGUGGAAGCAGCAAGCAUUCCCAUUCAAAAUCUGAGGUAAUUGAUGGAACUAGAAGCAGUACAGACUCAGAAGGGCAAAUAGAUCUUAUUGCUAAAGGUGAAACAGUUUUAGAAGGUGGUGAAAGCAAUUUCCCCGAGACAGAUGCCAACAUUGGCACUGGAAGUAUAUGGGAGCCAGUCAGAAGGUUAAGCUCUUCCUCUUCAUCAGAAUCAUCAUUAGACGAUGUCUUUGAAGUAGAGACAGUUGGUUUAGAGUCUAAGUCAUUGAGAGUUGCAUCAAAAAAUGAACAGCAUGAUGUUUCCAGUCAUAGCUCUUCGUCAUCUGAUAAAGGAGACAACAUCUCUUCAGUUCCCACCUCAACAUGUGCGCCGCCAACAGUAAGCCCUCCAGUCCAAGUGAUGGACCCGUCGGGAGGAUAUGAUCCUAACAGGAUUCCAUCUUCAAUAUUUGCAAGAAAUAAUACAUCUCCAAUCGAAUGGAGUACUGCUUCUAAUGAAUCAUUGUUUAGCAUUCACUUAGGGAACUACAGUUUCUCUCGGGACCAUAUCUCCAUGUUCGAUGAUUUGUACAAGUCUGGGGAAUUGACAAAGUCUGGUGAGCUUCGUAGCCAACCUUCAUUUGUUAUACCAGAGGACAUAGAAAUUGACAAGGAGAAUAAUGAUAUGAAGGAUUCGCAAAAAAAUAAAAGGGUAGAUGAAACUCAUGAGUCAGAAAAGAGGUCGAACGAAGAGCAAACCAAGGCGCAGAGUUCGCAUCCGGGUAUAAUUUGUAAUUCUCGCAACGUCUCCGGUCGCUCUCAUUGUAGCGGAACCAGUACGUGCUCUUUUGCGUUCCCAAUUUUGAUAGAAGCGGACGGACCUAGUGCCCACAAGGUAGAUGUUUCCCCACGGCAUUCAGAAGAAGGACCAUAUGUUCCCCCAAAAGAAGACGCAUCUAAACUAGCACCGCACCCAACUGCCAAGCGUUGGAAUUGGUUCUGGUGCCUCUCUUGGUCCUCUUGUUGGACAAGGGACAAGUGUUGUCAUUGUCGUUGUUGUUAA